UGAAGUGCAGUGUAAAGGGUGAGGUGCCUGAGAAUGAAGAACAAGACAGUGUCUGGAAAAUGUGAUGGGGUUAAGUCGUGCAAGGAGUGACCUUCCGUGGAAUGACACCAAGUGCUUUUUCUUGAAAUGAUCUACAUUGUCAAGUUUUCUACAGCUGGCUUUUCAUUCCUUCGUUUCCCAUCUCUUACUUGAUCUGCAUGUAUAUUUGAAUUUGGUCAUUUGUACCCUCGGGUCAGGGUAGGUGUAUGGCUGAUUGAACGAGUAGAGGACGUGGACGUGUCGCCAUGGCGCUGGGUGCAGUGUGGAACCGUGUUAAGAAUGUGUGCCAACAGAACGGCCUCCUCAUCUUGUCAGUAUUGGCUGUUGUUAUUGGAUGCCUGCUGGGCUUCUUCCUGCGAUCCAAACACCUCUCUGAACAGGAGGUGAAAUAUUUCCAGUUCCCAGGGGAGUUACUGAUGCGAAUGUUGAAGAUGCUCAUCCUGCCUCUGGUGGUCUCCAGUUUGAUGUCUGGUUUAGCAGCGUUAGAUGCUAAGUGUUCCAGUCGUUUGGGCAUUAUGACAAUCUCAUAUUAUCUCUGGACGACCUUUGUGGCCGUGGUGGUGGGCAUUGUCAUGGUCAUCAUCAUCCACCCUGGUGGAGCCGCGCAAAAGGAGGAUUCUGAGGACAGCGGGAAGCCCAUCAUGAGCUCUGCUGAUGCUUUGUUGGACCUUAUACGCAACAUGUUCCCUGCCAACUUGGUUCAAGCUACUUUUCAACAAUAUCGCACAAAAAGCAUCCCCAUCAUGAAGCCCAAACCCAUCAUCAGUCAGGACAUACUGGAGACCACAACAAAACGGGUCUUCAUUUAUGGAAUCCAGGACGACAAUGGCACAGACAUUCAGAACUUUUCCCUUGACCUGACGCCUCCUCCUGAUGUCGUCUUCAGAACGCUGCCAGGCACUAGUGAGGGCAUGAACGUCCUUGGUAUAGUGAUCUUCUCAGCCACUAUGGGUAUCAUGCUUGGAAGAAUGGGACCAAAUGGCAGUGCUCUGGUCAACUUCUGCCAAAGUCUGAAUGAAGCGGUGCUGAAAAUUGUGGCCAUUGUUAUAUGGUAUUUCCCAUUUGGGAUUGUGUUCCUGGUAGCUGGGAAGAUCUUAGAAAUGGACGACCCUUCAGCCAUGGGAAAGAAACUGGGUUUCUACGCCAUCACUGUGGUCAUGGGGCUGGUGCUUCAUGGCCUGUUCAUCCUGCCUUCGAUGUACUUCAUCAUCACCAAAAAGAGCCCCAUCGUAUACAUCCGAGGCAUCUUACAGGCCCUGCUUAUAUCAUUAGCCACCUCAUCCAGCUCCGCCACACUGCCAAUCACCUUCAAGUGCCUCCUGGAGAACAACCACAUUGACAGACGUAUCAUUCGCUUUGUACUUCCUGUGGGAGCCACUAUCAACAUGGAUGGUACCGCUUUGUACGAGGCUGUGGCGGCCAUCUUCAUUGCUCAGGUCAACAACUAUGAGCUGGACUUUGGGCAGAUCAUAACCAUCAGCAUCACUGCUACAGCAGCCAGUAUAGGUGCUGCGGGCAUCCCACAGGCUGGUCUGGUAACCAUGGUAAUAGUGUUAACUUCAGUAGGACUUCCUACAGAUGACAUCACUCUCAUUAUCGCCGUGGACUGGGCGCUGGAUCGCUUCAGGACGAUGGUGAAUGUAAUGGGCGAUGCUUUAGCCACAGGUAUCAUGGCACAUAUAUGCAGAAAAGACUUUAUAAAGGAGGGAGAAGAGAUUCCUCUCAUCUGUGAGACCAAACCCAUGAUCAGCAUCCAGCAGAUGAUGUCCUACCAAAAGAACGGAUUCCAGCUUCCUCCACCAGGCCCCACGAGGAAACCCAAUCACCUCUCGCCCGACGUGGCCCGUCUCAGGCAGCUGGAGGAGGGCAUCAGGCCUGAGAAGAAGUCCCCUCAUUUGUCUCCACGCCAUUAUAAAAGAGAGCACAAAGACAAGGACCACUGUACCAUUGACAUGAACGGUCUGGAGACCAAUGUCUAAACUCACUCUGAAUGUGACGGAUGUACAUACCGUCCUCCUCAGAGACCAAAACGAAAACUCAAGCUCAGAGAAACCAGACGCUCUACCUUUGGAUGUUGAAUAUGCUUGUGGAUCAAACUUUAGGUUCUAAAGAAGGUUCUGUUGCCCUAGGGAUCGUAUUUGGAGCUGUUAAAGGGUCGUAACAGGGUCCUAUUUGCUUUAAAUAUCACAGAACAGAGAUUGGGCCAGUGUGUAGAGAACUAUCUGUGUACAUAUAAGUGCUUUGUUAUUGUGUGUUUUCCUUGUUAUCAUCAGGAGAAUCUUUACUGAAACCACCUCUUACCUGACGUCUAUGGACAAUAUUCGUAUGAAAUGAGGAUAUGUUGUUUAUUUUGAUGUCAUAUUUCACAUGCUGCUGAAAUUUCAUCUUUCUUUUUAAAAUCUUUCAAAGUGUUUUAAUGGUUUGUUGAACAAUUCUUUAACUAUCGCAGAGAAUAAAUUGAAACGAAAGAAGAGGUUGAUUUAAGCAUCAGUGACCACAUACUGUACAGUGGCAAUACCUAUCGGAGUGACAAUCAUACGUUUUUAAGUGGGGUUAAAGUGUCUGAACAUUUGAAGGAUCACAGCACAUCAAAAAGGGUUUGCAACCA